GAGAGAUGUUCUGGGAACUAAAUGUUGAAGCUUUCCCAGUGAUUGUGCUCAAGGAGAAGAUUCAUCCUUAAAACACACACGCUUGCAUACUUGCCUGGUGGUAGAGACGCUGGCGGGCAGGGCGGGCUUAAGAACAGCAGAAGUUAUACACGAGAUCGCGCAGACGCGCAUUCUCUCUCUUCAACUACACAUUACACAAGGAAGGAGACGUAAGGGGAACUUUCCUUCCCAAGACACUUCUUUGUGCUAAUUUUUUCACCUCCUACUCUUUUGUCUUUCAGAAAGCCCCACCUUUCUUGAGAUAAAGAAAGAGGAAAAUGGCCAGCAUUGUCAAGCUGAAGGGACUCCACUUGAAGGCGGACGCUAAGGAUAUUCGAGACUUUUUCCCCUGUUUGCACAUACCGACAGGCGGCAUUUGCAUCGUGGGAGGACCGCAGCACGAGGCCUUUAUUGCCUUCGAGACUCAAGGGGAGGCCAGACGAGCUGUUUGUUACAGCGGACGUUCCCUUAAAGGCUCCAAGGUGAUUUUACGCCGGAGUAGUGUUUCAGAAAUGGAACAUAAACUUAAAUACUUAAUGAAGAAUAACAAGAAGAAUUCUUAUAAGGAUUUUGCACCGCUUGAAAAAGAAAAGACCCUGGUGGCUCCCAUUGUUGAGUCACAGACUUCCUCUGUUGAACAAUGUGAUGCAAGGGCACAUUCUCCUACAAUUUCGCCACUCACUGUCCCUAGUGACAAUCUACGUACUUUCAACAAGCCACAUUGUUCCAAAAUGCAAUCAAAAAUGGUUCCUAAUGGGGGUCUACAGGUAAAUGAAAAGCCAUGUGAUCCCAGAAAACCCCCCAUUCAACAUGGGAGCCUACAAAUAUGUAAAAACCCGUGUGAUCCUAGAACAAUUACACUUACCAGUGGAUGUCCACAGAGAUUUGACGAGCCACCCGAGUCCAGGAUUUUGUCUGAUCAGAGAGAGCCUCCCAAAAUGUAUAAACCACUUGUUUCCAGUACAUGUUUACCGCUGAGUGACCUGCCACUUCCAUAUACCACUCAUUCUGCUCCUAUGGAAAGCAUACAGAAUUCAGAGGAGCCACAGACUCAAGAUUCUUUACAGAAUGCAUUUUUUCUAGGCGUUUGUGCUGUGCUAGAAAGUCUCCAAUGUAAAGUGCAAAGUGAGCAGCAGGAGGUUUUGCCAGAACUGGACCGGCAAGAGGACUCUAGUAUACUUACACCAGAGACAAGGACAUCAAAACCAGGUUACGUAAGGAUGUUUGGACCACCAGCCUCAACUACGAAGGAUGACAUUAUUUUGUUCUUCAAAGGGCUUAAAGUACUUGAAGUUGUAGUCAACAUGAAGUUGGAACACCAUCACGUGUGCCUCGUCAAGUUUGCAGAUGCGCAGGAUGCCGUUGAUGCGCUGCAGUUCAACAACCAGUACAUGGGGCCCAUUUGUGUGGAAGUACGCAAAGCAACAGAGAAGAUGUGGAAUCUAGCAAUGGAGGAAUGUAAAAAUGUGUGUGAGAGAAACUCUCUCGUGGAAAGGGCAAAUUACAAACAUAAACUUGUGUCUGAGGUAAAUUAUAAACCCCACAAAAAGCCCAGACUUAACAGUCCAAGCAAAGAACACAAUACUUUCAGUUCAAGGCAAGAGUACAUUGUAAAGGUCAGCAAUCUCCCCCUUCAGACGACAAAGACUGAGUUAAGGUACCUGUUUCAAUGCCAUGGAUUACCAAACCAUAAAAUACAACACCUACUUGACAAGAACCGCUGCAGAACAGACACAGCUUUUCUCAUUUUCAAUCAGAAAUCAGACUACAAUCGUGCAAUAAGCAAUGAUGAGCGGCUCGUUGGCUCAGGCCAAAUUAAAGUGUCAGCAAUAAGCAGAUAUGAGAUGAUGGAUAUGAUGAGAGAGGAAAACCUUGAUUCAGAAGCAAAAACAUGCCUAUUGGUCCAAAACAUGCCCCGACAUAUGAGGGAAAGCUUGAUACUUAAGCUCUCUGAAUUUGACGUCACAUCAGACGAAGUAACUAUUCUAGAUGAUGACGGCAAAGCUUCUUGCACAGUCAUGGUGCAGUUUCGAUCGUUGAGGCUUAUUGCCAUGGCCUUCAAGCUCAGCAAAGACUUGCUUGGUGAAAAAGCAAUUAUAAAACAUCUUACUGCUCAUCAAAUGAAUGCCUUUGUUAAGGAGGGCCAGAGCUAAAAGGAGCUGUGUACACGAAGACUGGAAACAAGUAAUUGCCGCAGACUUUUCUUUUAAGGGACCGUUUCAAGUCACAUUUACUGAGGAACAUACCACAUUGUCCUGAAAGCAGAUUCUGGAUUUUCUCCUUGGACACAAGCAUUUUGUCAGGAAUAUCGGAAGGAAUUACAUUUGUUUCUUGUCUAGUUGAUUGUUUUUGAAGAUGUUUUAGUUACACCUGACUGGGACAUUUGUGUACCUUGUGGUAAUGGUGAUCAAGCUUAAGAUAUUCAAGACAUGAGGCGUUGAUCAAAGAUUCAUUUUAUUUAGAUUACAAAUCAUCACAUACCCCUUGUUCUUACAGUUACGACCAUAACACACUCGUGUGGUAGUGCCUCAAGAAUGACUUUAAAGAUACGAGCCAUUGAGAAAAAUAUUUUUCGCUUUGACUUGUGAUCAACAGUUUGGCGAACCACAGCCUCCAUGCAGCAUAAGAUGGUAAACACCAGUGGCCCAUUGGCAUCUAUAUGGCUGUUUUGGUCCCAGUACUUUUCCAGCAACGGCUAUCUGAACAAAAAUGUAGCAACACGCAGACAACAAUGGUCAAAGGCAUUGGUUAUCCUCUGCGAAGGGACGUGCUGUACUCAUCUCAAAACUUUUAUGCUGCUCCCCUGUAAAGGGCAGCAUCAAGUGAUUGGAGAAUAUGAUCACUGCUGUUUGAUUCUUUUGAACUACGUUGUAACGUGUUUUUCUUUAUAUUUAAUAUUUCUGCAAUGUUUCCUUUGAGUGCAGAAUCCUAUUUUUCAGUUUUAAACAUUAGAAAAUUAUGUCAUGUGGUAGGCAGGAACUGAAAGCAUUUUUGAAUUACAUUUUCAAGCAAAAUAUUACUCAUUUCACAACACCAAUUUACAAACCCAAACUUUAGAACUGAAAAAGACUUUAUUUCUACAUCGGAAAGACAACAUUGAAAAUAGUCAAAUAAAAGUUUCCUAAAAAAUUAGGUUGCUAUUUCUGCAUGGUUAGUGUGAAAUGUCUUCAUCUCUAGAAUCUGCGUGGCCCAUCCGGGAAUCGGGAUUGGCCUGUGGAAAAACAAAAUGGUUAAAGAAUGAACAACAAAAAAAAAAAGAUGAGAACAUCCUGUCACACAAUUCAAGACAAUUGGUGAUAAUGUGUAAACUAUCAGAUAGUGUUACACUACACAAGACUCAGCCUUUUAAUGAUUCUUAUGAGAAACUGGAUGCGUCAUCAGUCAAAAAUGCUAGGAAGACCCCCCCCCCAAAUCAGGCUACCUUUGGAGCAGUGCAACAGUUUGCAGUCUGCAGGGUGAUUCCACUAUCUUGUAUUUUUUUUUUUUACAGUGUGUUGACUGCGCAACCUACCCAUUGUCGGUACGAAUGUUUGAGAGUCAUUUAAUGCUGUAUUUUAAUUUGUUUAGAACUCGCAAGUGGCUGCACCAUACACCACAUGCGACAAGGCCUGCCACUAAUGGGGAGCUUUUUUAACUCAGGUUUCGAUGAGAAUUUCAGCUAUAGGGCAUUUUCCAGAAGUCUUAAUAUAUCCUUUAACUUCAACAACUCUGUUCUAACGGUAGGCUAAGUGUAUUUCCUAAACAUUUUCAGUGUUUCUGAAUGUAUCACGCAGCGCACGGCUGGGUAUAGAAAGCGUGGGAUUUUGUUCACUCGUUUUGGCAUGUUCUAUGCUGUGUUACUAAUAAAAACCCUAAACAAAGCUGAAAUUUGGUGUUCUUUUCCGGCCUACAAGACUGAGCAUGUGGCAUUCAUGCUUUUAUAUUAUUUAUCAUGUUCAGGCCCGACUCAGUCGGGACAUUCUUGUGUGUGGCAGUGCCACACAGAGCAUAUUAGAGAUUAAAAACCGAUCCGAGUAAUUUUAUUCACCUCGAGUAAUCGUUUAUUUUUGACAGCUCUAAGCAUCACGUUUUGCCCGGACUACUUUUAAUGUGGGACAACGCGUUGAUGUCACGUGCGUAGAGGAAGAAGCAAUAAAACACUACAGCCGCUAAAAACUAGCCCGCAUGAUGCUACGGUGGUAGCAGGUAGUGUCAUGCGUCUCAGAGAUCACAUGUAUGUUGAACUACAUGCGAAAU